AUGGCAACUUUGAAUUUCGCUUUGAGAAACGAGUCCGGGUCGAAUAACACCUUCGCCUACGUCACGGGCUUGGCACUUGACCAAAACAAUGCGCUCUUCAUUCUGCGAUCCGAUGGUAGGACGGGCUACUAUCCUUCCAAGCCCCCUGGGAUCUUGAGCAACCUUGAAUAUGACUGUGGAAUCUACUUGGGUGCCCCCGGCAGUACCACUUACAUCACGAUCCCACAUCUCGCGGGUGCUCGGCUGUGGUUUGUGCGAGACAACAAGCUGACCUUUUAUCUCAACCCCACCCCCACGGGCGCUGCACUGGUUGAGCCUUCGGUCUCCAAUCCCUCGGACCCCAAUUACAACCUCAACUGGGCAUUUUGUGAGUUCACAUGGAACAAUGCCCAGCUUUACGCCAACCUGAGCUAUGUCGAUUUUGUGUCACUUCCCAUCUCCAUGACCUUGACAAAUGCUUCCGGUGGGACCCAGACUGUUCAUGGCCUGCCUGCCAACGGACUCGACCAGAUCUGCAACGCUUUGAAGGCUCAGAACGACAGAGACCAUGCUGGCUGGGAUCAGCUCGUGAUUCAACGCAACGGUGUCAAUCUUCGCGCCCUAUCUCCCAACCUUGGAAAGAUUUUGAACAACUCUUUGUUCAAUAAUUAUUAUGACAACUAUGUCAACCAAGUGUGGGGGUACUAUGACAAUAACACAAGCAACAUCUUAACCAUAAACACCCAAGCCGCAGCGGGUGAUGUCACUGCAAAGUGUGCCGGGGGAGUGAUGUACUUCUCAGUUCCAGGCAUCUCCUAUGCCAAACCAUCGACUGCCGACAUCUUCAGUAAUAGCUCGGGGCCCUUUGCCGCCACUGGGAACUCUACACGGGAUGCUAUUACUGCGCGCCUCGCUGCUGCUUUCAAUCGUACGACCCUGUUGCUGAACAAGAGCCAGCCCAACGGAGAGAGCGUUUCUCAAUACUACAAUGCCUCGCCCACCAACCAUUACUCGCGCAUCUGUCACUCAGUGAGUAUUGAUACACGUGGAUAUGCCUUCCCCUAUGAUGAUGUGGCACCAAAUGGUGGACCGGACCAGUCUGGAAGUGUUUAUGAUGGCAAUCCUAGUCUGUUGACUGUCACUGUUGGUGGUUCAAGCAACUGA